CCACGUGACCCGGAAGCGCUCUCCGGCCGGUUCCCCAUCCGCGUGUGGGUCGCUUUGGGGGCUAUCGCGCGCCCGCGCUCGCCCUCAGCUCUGGUGCCGCGCUGUGCGGUCGCGCGCUUGGUCGGCGGCCAUGUGUUCGCUGACGGCGGGGAACGGCCAAGGCGCUGAGCUGGGGCCGGAGCCCCUGGAGCUGUCGGACAGCGGAGACGACGCGGGCUGGGAGGACGAGGACUUGGACGCUGAGCCCGCGCACGGCCGGCAGCACACACCCUGCCUGUUCUGUGACAGGUUGUUCGCCUCUGCUGAGGAAACGUUUUCACACUGUAAGUUGGAGCAUCAAUUUAACAUUGAUAGUAUGGUCCAUAAACAUGGACUUGAAUUUUAUGGAUACAUUAAACUAAUAAAUUUUAUUAGACUUAAGAAUCCUACGGUUGAAUAUAUGAAUUCCAUAUAUAACCCUGUGCCUUGGGAAAAAGAUGAAUACCUGAAGCCAGUGUUGGAAGAUGACCUUUUGCUUCAGUUUGAUGUAGAAGAUCUCUAUGAGCCAGUGUCUACUCCCCUCUCAUACCCUAAUGGACUCAGUGAAAAUACAUCUGUUGUUGAAAAAUUGAAGCACAUGGAGGCACGGGCGCUGUCUGCUGAGGCUGCACUGGCUCGAGCACGUGAGGAUCUACAGAAGAUGAAACAAUUUGCUCAGGACUUUGUGAUGAACGUAGAUGUCAGAACCUGCUCCUCCACGACUACCAUUGCAGACCUGCAGGAAGAUGAGGAUGGCGUCUACUUCAGCUCCUAUGGGCAUUAUGGGAUACAUGAAGAAAUGCUAAAGGACAAAGUACGCACAGAAAGCUACAGAGAUUUCAUAUACCAAAAUCCACACAUCUUCAAAGAUAAGGUUGUUCUGGAUGUUGGGUGUGGAACUGGAAUUCUCUCCAUGUUUGCUGCCAAAGCUGGGGCAAAGAAAGUCAUUGCAGUCGACCAGUCUGAAAUCCUCUACCAGGCUAUGGAUAUUGUAAGACUAAAUAAACUUGAAGAUACCAUUGUACUAAUUAAAGGAAAGAUUGAAGAAGUGAGUCUUCCUGUAGAAAAGGUGGAUGUUAUUAUAUCAGAGUGGAUGGGCUACUUUCUUCUUUUUGAGUCGAUGUUGGAUUCUGUCCUUUAUGCAAAGAGUAAAUACUUGGCAAAAGGGGGAUCGGUCUACCCUGACAUUUGCACCAUCAGCCUUGUGGCCGUGAGUGACUUGAGCAAGCACGCUGAUAGAAUUGCCUUCUGGGAUGACGUCUAUGGCUUCAACAUGUCCUGCAUGAAGAAAGCAGUUAUACCGGAAGCUGUUGUAGAAGUUGUAGAUCACAAGACUCUUAUUUCAGACCCUUGUGAUAUCAAGCAUAUAGACUGCCACACGACAUCUAUCUCAGACUUGGAGUUUUCUUCAGAUUUUACCCUGAGAACCACAAAGGCGGCCAUGUGCACGGCAGUUGCUGGGUACUUCGAUAUAUAUUUUGAGAAGAAUUGCCACAACAGGGUCGUGUUCUCUACUGGCCCCCAGAGCACCAAAACCCACUGGAAACAGACAGUAUUUCUGCUGGAAAAGCCUUUUCCAGUUAAAGCAGGUGAAGCCUUAAAAGGAAAGAUAACAGUCCACAAGAAUAAGAAGGAUCCUCGUUCCCUCAUUGUGAUCCUGACUUUGAACAGUUCAACCCAGACUUACAGUCUCCAGUGACACCAUGAUCUCCGCUGCCACAGAGUCUGAAGCACACCCAACUGUCUGUCUUUAAAGUGGGAUAGGGCAGUCAUCGGGAGGGGCAGGCUCCAUGGGGCUGUAGCACAGCUGGUCCUGGCCCUGCAGCUCCUGGGUAGUAAGCCUAGAUAAAGCAGAGCUCAGUGGAGGACCCUCCCUCCUCCUUCCUACCGCUUCUGCUCCUAGAGAUCCUAGUCACUGAAGCCUGCUUGGCCAGAUUCGCUGAAGAGACUUCCUCUCCUGCUAGACUGAGAGUCAUUUGAAUUGGCUUACUUUUGGAACAGUAAUAGUCCUACUUUAUACAUAUACGUAUAUGUAUAUAUAUGUUUCUUACUAUAAAUUUUGUUUUUAAUAAUGAGCAACACAAAGCAGUGUUUUACUAUAGAUUUCCUUUGUAGAGGAACAAUUUUUAGUUACACUCUUUGCUUAAAUAUCAGGAUAUCUCAAGACUAGAGAGCCAGUGGACAGGACAAAUAUCCUGUUUGCAGAGGCUGUGCUGUGGUCCUCUCCACCACCUACAGCUCUCUUACCUCCUCAGUGUUCUCCAGCCAUAGCCUAGCAUUGUGGGGAAGUCAGCUUCAGGACAUAGCCUAGGUGUGACAGGCUGCUUUCCAGGAGGGGUAGAUGUAUGCCUCUCUAAAAUGCUGCCUUUUCAGACCAGGGUUGUGCCAAGGUCAUGUAUCCAUCUGCUGAUUCUAUAAAAUCAUGUUAUUCAGGUUGAAAGAAUGAAAAAUAUCCAAUAAAACUAUUGAAAUAUUGAAAA